AUGGCCCUAGCACGGAAUGCCAUUGUUGCUACUGGCUUGGUGGCUUUUGCAGCUGCGGGCUUGGCAUUUCCCUUUUACAUGGCAUCAUCCCCAAAGCCUGUCAUUGACCCUUCAAAGCCACUGUCACCCCAAGCAACGUUUCGAGGGCCUUAUAUAAACACUGGUUCCCGUGACGUUGGCCCUGACCAUCAGACCUACCCAAAGAAGUGA